UGGAACUCGCAAACGGCGUGGUGUGGAAAGUUUUUCUUCCAUUACGAAGAGCACAAUUUUGGGCUGUUUUUAGGGAGUCGACUGACGUUUUUCUACCGGACCAGUGUUCAAGUUUGUUCAGACGUAGCCCGAGAGCUAGGAGGAUGGCAUCAACAAGCAACGUGCAGAGUUUGGGUGACGCCAGGAGAAAUGUUAAGAGGAAUGGUUCUGUGCAACUUAGCAGUAGCAGAGAUACGGGCUACAAGUGUGAGGAGUGCAGCAAACAGUUCAGUCAGCUGGGUCAUCUAAAGAAACACAUGAGGACUCACACAGGGGAGAAACCUUACAAAUGUGAGGAGUGCAGCAAGCAGUUCAGUGACCGGAGGGAUCUGAAGACACAUAUGCGGACUCACACAGGGGAGAAACCCUACAAGUGUGAGGAGUGCAGCAGCCAGUUUAGGCAGCUGAGUCAUCUAAAGACUCACAUGAAAUCUCACACUGGGGAGAAACCCUACAGGUGUGAGGAGUGUAGCAAACAGUUCAGUCAGCUGAGUCAUCUAAAGAGACACAUGCGGACUCACGCAGGGGAGAAACCCUACAAGUGUGAGGAGUGCAGCAAACAGUUCACUGAGCUGGGUAAUCUGAAGAGACACAUGCAGACUCACACAGGGCACAAACCGUACAGGUGUGAGGAGUGCAGCAGGCAGUUUAGUGAGCUGGGUAAUCUGAAGAAACACAUGCUGACUCACACAGGGGAGAAACCCUACAGGUGUGAGGAGUGCAGCAGGCAGUUCAGUCAGCUGGGUCAUCUAAAGACUCACAUGCGGACCCACACAGGGGAGAAACCCUACAGGUGUGAGGAGUGCAGCAAGCAGUUUAGUGAGCCGGGUCAUCUAAAAAGACACAUGAAAACUCACACAGGGGAGAAACCCUACAGGUGUGAGGAGUGCAGCAGGCAGUUUAGUGAGCUGGGCCUUCUGAAGAGACAUAUGCGGACUCACACAGGGGAGAAACCCUACCGAUGUGAGGAGUGCAGCAGGCAGUUCAGUCUGCUGGGCGAUCUGAAGAAACACAUGCGUACUCACACAGGGGAGAAGCCCUACAGGUGUGAGGAGUGCAGCAGGCAGUUCAGUAGGCUCCAUCAUCUAAAGGGACACAUGCAAACUCACGCAGGGGAGAAGCCCUACAGGUGUGAGGAGUGUAGCAGGCAGUUCAGUAGGCUCCAUCAUCUAAAGGGACACAUGCAAACUCACGCAGGGGAGAAACCCUACAGGUGUGAGGAGUGUAGCAGGCAGUUCAGUACGCUGAGUAACCUGAAGACUCAUAUGCGAACUCACACUGGAGAGAAACCCUACACGUGUGAGGAGUGCAGCAGACAGUUUAGUAUUUUGGGUGAUUUAAAAAAUCACAUGCAGACUCACACAGGAGAGAAACCCUACAAGUGUGAGGAGUGCAGCAGGCAAUUCAGUCGACUGGGAAGUCUUAGAAGGCACAUGCAAACUCACAAAUAAGAAAGCCCUGGACCAGGAGUGUGAAAUAGAGAUGUUGGUCACAACUUUCAAAUUUUGAAGAUUACCUGUAAACAUGGCUCAUUUCUUACUUUUUUUCACAUUUUGUUACUAGUUUAGUAGUAUAGCCAGUUUUCUGAUUGUAACUCCAUGUACAUACUUCUACGGUAACAUCUCGUCCAAUGAUCUUGCUAAGAAAUGUAAUACUUUUAUUUACGUGUUGAUUUCUUAUCUGAAGUUCCCUACCUUUGAUUAGUUAGAAAGGGUUUGUUCUUUAAGACUUUAUUAAACUUUGUUUUUGUCAUUGCACAUGCUCUUUUGUAAAAUGCCAAGUUAGUCCAUUUAGUGUGGAAUAACGGCUCAAGUUUCAGAAGUUCUAUAUUUCUAUAUUUUAGGCUUGUAAGUUACCUGUAACCUUGGUAACAAUAGAACUAGUCUAGUGAAAGCAGCUGUGUGAAAAAGACUUGUUUUGUCACUACUAACAACUUGUGAUCUUUAGAUAGUUUGUUGUACUAAUUUAUAUUUACCUUAGUGUUAGUGUUAUCAGGGUAAGGUUAUCAGGUACCUUAUACUUGCAAGUUUAAAUGUUUUUUAGGGGUAUCAGAAGCUGUUUAUCUUGGUGUGAAUUUAUCUUGAUAAUUCACAUUGUAAUGGUAGUGUUAUUUUAGGUUUUAUUGUUCGGAGACUGUUCUUGUUUUUUAUAGUUAUUUGUUUUGUUCAAUAAAGUUGUUUGAUGCACAUUUGUUUGGCAA